CUCUCACUCAGUGGGGUUUUUCUCUCUUUGAUUUUUUGAUCUCUGUCUGUAACAUUUAAAGACACCAUUGCUGUUAAGGAACCCUCGUAAUUACAUCGCUCUGCAUCUUGUUAAAUCCUUAAAGAAUCGAUCUUUUUGGUGGGUUAUAAACCUGAGCAUUUGCUUCCAGAUUGAAUAUGGCUGAGGCUACACAGUCUAAUGCUGAGUUGUUGGAGUGGCCAAAGAAAGAUAAGCGCCGCUUCCUGCAUGCUGUGUACCGUGUUGGUGAUCUUGAUCGCACCAUUAAGUUUUACACUGAAUGUUUUGGGAUGAAGCUUUUGAGGAAAAGAGAUGUUCCAGAAGAGAAAUUUGCCAAUGCUUUUCUUGGAUAUGGCCCUGAACAAUCUCACUUUGUUGUGGAAUUGACUUAUAAUUAUGGGGUGACCUCAUAUGAUAUUGGAACUGGCUUUGGGCAUUUUGCUAUUUCAACUCCAGAUGUUUACAAAUUGGUUGAAAACAUCCGGGCCAAGGGUGGAAAUAUCACUAGGGAGCCUGCUCCUGUUACGGGUGGAAUAUCUGUUAUUGCCUUUGUGAAGGACCCUGACGGUUAUAUUUUUGAGCUCAUCCAAAGACCUUCAACCCCUGAGCCAUUGUGCCAAGUAAUGCUUCGUGUUGGUGAUUUAGAGCGCUCAAUAAAAUUUUAUGAAAAGGCUUUAGGUUUGAGGGUCGUGAAGAGGGCUGAUAGACCUCAACAAAAGUAUACUAUAGUCAUGCUUGGGUACGCAGACGAGCAAGAGACAACUGUGUUGGAGCUUACGUAUAACUAUGGUGUUACUGAAUACACCAAGGGAAAUGCUUAUGCACAGGUUGCUAUAAGUACGGACGACGUAUACAAGAGUGCUGAGGUUGUGAACAUAGUCACACAAGAGCUUGGAGGAAAGAUUACUCGGGAACCAGGGCCAAUUCCUGGACUUAACACAAAGAUCACUUCUUUCUUAGACCCUGAUGGAUGGAAAACUGUUUUGGUUGACAAUGAAGAUUUUCUGAAGGAACUGGAGUGACAAGUGUUGUAUGAAUAAAUAAGAUCGUGUGCUUUUUUUUCAAUGUGGUGGUCUUCAGUAUGUGACUUUGUAAUUGAUUGAGUACGCAGUUUAAACUUCCAUUUGCUGAUGUUUACCGAGGAAUAAUUAUGAUUUAUUAUCGCAGAACCUAAAUCAGUUUCAGCCAAA